GGAGGGAGAAGGAGGGGGACCAGGGUGUGACCUGACACCCCUGAUGUGGUUUAAGAAAGCAUGAGCCCCUGCCUAGAAAAGCUCCUGGGGUUCACAGUGAGGACCCCGGGAAUCCAGCGGGUGCUGAGUCUUCAAGUGCAGAUCACUUGGGAGUAAGCUUGCUUCCUGCCCCCUCACCCUGGCCCCCCGCCCCCCAACCCACCCCCCUUGCCCUCAGAAGAGAACAGGGGUUUGCAGUUUGCAGCUGGAGAAUUUUCUAGCAUUGGAAGAGGACCCCUGCAUUUUUAGGUUCCUGACAUGAGCCGGAGCUCUGUUGGAAUAGCUGUGUGGACCACCUUCCCCUGCCCUUAAGCUGCUGAACCGCAAAUAACUAAAGAUGCAGAUAAACUGGAGAUAAGUUGGUGGGCCUCUGGAUGCCAGAGAGUGGGGACUCUCACCACACUGAGACCUGGGAAACAGCCCCUGGGAGGGGCCCUGAAGCCCCACCCACAUUCUUUCCUCUCUCUAGCAAUUUGGUAGAAAGGUUUCUAGUUGAAAGAUCCUAUGGGGAAAAACUGGUUCAGAAACCCUAUUGGAGUCCGGUUUGGAUAAUAUUGAUUGGAUUAGAAUGGGCUUUAAAAGGCUUGGAAUCUCCUGAUCCGGCCUCACUGAGAAAAGGCUUUUGGAGAGCCAGGUAGGAGUUCCACGGACACAGGACACAGGACGUGGUGCUGGCGUUUUCAGAGAAAUCUCUCUGGGACGUGGAGACAAAGACACUCCAGCUUCACCCUUAGCUGCACUGAGUCAACUGGACUUCAGGAGCUGGUGGGAAAAACACUGGAAGGGGCCACUUGAAGCCAAAAGUGAUUGUAAAAUGGCCCAUCUCUUCCCGUGUGAGGAAACACAAGCACCACCACAACCCGAGCAAAAGGCCGGAGGGUCCAAAUCCAGAGAUGAGGACGAUGGCGAUGCUGAGGUCAUCUUUGUUGGAGUGCAGCACGUCAAUGAGGAUGCUGAAACUCUCUUUGUCAGAGUGAUUUCAAGUUCAAAGCCAGUCAUUUCUAACAUUUUGAACAGAGUGACCAGGGACCCAUCUUCAAGAAGAAAGAAGGGCCACGUGAGUCCAGAUCCCUCCUGCACGUCGCAGCCUGCAAAUCUCAGGACCCCAGCAUCAGAGCCAGCGGCCGUCUCCCCAGCUUCUCAGUCUGAAUGGGGAGGAAGAGACAGUCCUAAUAUUUUGGAGCCUUCGUCUAAACCUGAUUAUAAAACAACCUCUCUGCAAGCCGUGCUUCACAAUUCAGAAUUGCUUUCUCCGCGGUCUCACUGUCUAUCUGGAGCUGUUCUCUCAUUAGGAGGCAAGGAUGAAAGUCCUCUUAAUUCAAAGCGAUGUCCCACUUCAGAUGUAAAUUUUAACUGUGGGAAUCCCAAAAGACCCAAACUCGGCGAUGGAAUCCCAGGGGGACCUGCCUCCACCUUGCCCCCUCCAGGUAUCUCUCCUACAAAGGACACGAUUAUGACCUUGGAAGAUCUCCCGACCUCACCGAGCCAUGUUCAAGGCGGGGCAUCAUUUUCACGGACUCACGCAAAUGACCAGGCAUGCUUCAGUCUUAUGGCUCCAGACAGAACACGUAGUUUGGAAGGGCUGGAGAAAACAGACUUUUUGACUCUAGCAAGUCAGAGCAAGACUGUUGAUCCCAUGAAAGGAAAUCUGAUCUUGUUACUUGAUGACUUUUACUAUGGACAGCAUACAGGAGAUGGGCAGCCAGAACAGAAGACUCGCACAGCCUUUAAAUGCCUCAGCUGCUUGAGAGUCCUAAAAAACAUCAAGUUUAUGACCCACGUGAGGAACCAUCUGGAGCUUGAGAGGCAGAAGGGUGACGGCUGGGAAAUCCACACCACCUGCCAGCACUGCCACCGCCAGUUCCCCACCCCGUUCCAGCUGCAGUGUCACAUUGAGAGUGUCCACGCUUCCCGGGAGCCCUCCGCGGUCUGUAAAAUCUGUGAAUUGUCCUUCGAAACAGAUCAGGUUCUCUUACAGCACAUGAAGGACAGUCACAAACCUGGCGAAAUGCCCUAUGUGUGCCGCCUUUGCAAUUACAGAUCGUCAGCCUUUGCCGACGUAGAGGCGCAUUUUAGAACGUGGCAUGGAAACACGAACAAUUUGCUUUGUCUGCUUUGCCUCAAAAAUUUCAAACUGGCGACAUCCUUCGUAAAUCACGCUUGGAGGCACUGGAACAAGAGGGUCUUUCCAUGUUCCAAGUGCCGGCUACAGUUUUUGAACCUGAAGGAGAAGACAGAGCACCAAACCAAGCAUCACCAGUCAUUCAAAAUGCCAGAGCAAUUGCGAGGGUUGCCUCCUGAAACAGAGGUCAUGAUUCGAACUUCAGUUCAUCUGGGACUGAGAGAGACAGCAUCCAUCAUUGUGAGGAACACUGACUCCCAAGUGCCACCCAGAAAAAAUACACAGAAGAUGACUACGAACACAAAAUAUUCCAGACGAGUUGCAGCAAGGGAUCUGGCUAAAAAUUAUGUUCUACCAACCUCCAGAAAUUCGGAAAAGCCCUAUUGAGAGGUUCAGCCAGCUGUACAUAAAGACCCUGCCUGGCUUUUGUUGUUCAGUUGCUCAGUCGUGUCUGACUCCCUGUGACGCUAUGAACUUCAGUACGCCAGGCUUCCCUGUCCAUCACCAUCUCCCGAAGCUUGCUCAAACUCAUUCCAUCGGGUUGCU